AUGGACCCAGGAAACAAUACAGGAAUUUCAGAGUUUGAGCUUCUGGGAUUUUCAGAAGAACCAGAACUGCAGCCAAUCAUAUUUGGAUUUUUCCUUUCCAUGUACCUGAUCACACUGUUUGGAAACCUGCUCAUCAUCCUGGCUGUCAGCUCUCACUCCCACCUCCACACCCCCAUGUACUUCUUCCUCACCAACUUAUCCUUUGUAGACAUCUGCUUCACCUCCACCACAAUCCCGAAGAUGCUGUGGAACAUCCAGAUUCAGAGCAAAGACAUAACCUAUGGAGGCUGCAUCACACAGAUGUAUUUUUUCAUACUGUUUACAGGACUAGACAUCUUUCUCCUGACUGUGAUGGCUUAUGACCGCUUUGUGGCCAUCUGUCACCCACUGAACUACACAGUCAUCAUGAACCCCUGGCUUUGUGGACUGCUGGUUCUCAUGUCCUGGAUUCUGAGUGCCUCGCAUUCCUUGUUACAAACUUCUUUGGUGUUGCGGCUGUCCUUCUGCACAGUCUUGGAAAUCCCCCACUUUUUCUGUGAAAUCAAUCAGAUAAUCCAACUUGCAUGUUCUGACACCUUUCUCAAUAACAUGGUGAUAUAUUUUGCAGCUAUGUUGUUGGCUGGUGGUCCCUUCAUUGGUAUCAUUUACUCUUACUCUAAGAUAGUUUCCUCCAUACGUGGGAUCUCAUCAUCUCAGGGCAAGCAUAAAGCAUUUUCCACCUGUGUGUCUCACCUCUCUGUUGUCUCUUUGUUUUAUUGUACAAGCCUAGGAGUGUACCUUAGCUCUGGGGCUACCCAGAGCUCCCACUCAAGUGCAGUAGCCUCAGUGAUGUACACUGUAGUCACACCCAUGCUGAAUCCCUUCAUCUAUAGCCUUAGAAACAAAGACAUAAAGGAGGCUCUGAUAAGAUUCUGUGGGAUGGCCGCUCUAAAACCAUGA